UCUAAGAUAAGCGGAUUUAAAAGUUUCCAAUGUUGGGUAAUAUUUUAAAAAUUCUGGCAUAUUAUUCCAUAACUGCGAACCGUAAAUUGUAAAAGAUCUAAAAUAUUGUGUCUUUGCUCUCUGGAUAUAUAAUGAAUUACUUUGACUUAAUCUGGUAGAUCUACUGCUAAUUUCAUGAACAUACUGAAAAAUAUCUAAAUAAUCGGGGGUUAGACUAUGUAAAACUUUGAAGACAAGAAUGAUAGUUCUAUAUACAAAGUAGUCUGACAGAGGCAUCCAUCUAAGUUGCUGCAUCAUUUCUGUUGUAGGUGUAUAAAAUUUCUAUUUAAAAUCACUCUAGCAGCUCGCUUUUGAAGUUUGCAUAAUUUGUAAAGACCGUCCUUGUUUUUCAUAUUGCCCCAAACAGUACAACAGUAGUUAAAAUGAGGAAAAACAAUUGUAUUAAAAAUUUUCAGUAAUAAUUCAGUUGACAAGAAUGAACGUAAUCUAGAUAAUACACCUAUUUUGCUUGCAAGUUUUUUUGGUUAAAAUUUCAACAUGUUCAGACCACGUGAGACAUCUGUCAAUAUAAACACCAAAUAGUUUUGCACAUGAUACAUUUUCGAUGGCGAUAUUGUCCACUUUUAUCGAAAGAAUCUCGGAGCAGUCCGUCAAAAUUCAUGCCUGGAAAUUUGCUUUCAGCUUUGGCCUGAUCUAGCAAUUAAUGUGCACUUAGCUGACACUGCAGUUCGCUUCAAAUAUUAAGUGAUUUGACUGUUAAACUAAUUCCCUAUCAUUAUCACUUGUAUUGCUUACCGUUUAGAUAUGAAAAUCCCAAAAUAAAAACAGCCACUAAAUUUUCCUUUCAAAUGGUGACUUCCAUGGCACAAUGAUUUAUCUUCUGAAAUUGAAGAGUUCUUAUAGUCUGUUUUAUCAAGUUACUGAUACAUUGCAUCUUCACAUACCAAUAUGUAUCGCUAAUUUAAAAACAACAGACUAAAGGAACUCUUCAAUUUUAGGAGAUAAAAUAUUGCACCUUGGGGGUCAUUAUUUGGGUAGAGUUAGUUUGAUAGUCAACUAAUUUGAAUUGAAGCGAAAAGAAGUGACAACUAAGUGCACAAUAAUUGCUAGAACCGGCCGAAGCAGAAAGUAAAUUUCCAAACAUGAAUUAUGAAGGAUUGCUCCGAUAUUCGGUGAAGGCGUCAGUCCAAAUGUUCAGCCGAGAUUAAUGAGCCCUGGGAGCAUAUUGAUAAUUCGAACUUCAUUUAAGGCUGAUUAACACAUCGUCAUAAUGGCUGACUUCCUUUUGAAACAUGACUUGAAAUGUAAAUAUCAGCAAUACUUGUAUAUUCUUUUUAAAAAUCUUAUUGCCUAGGUAGGUAGUUAACAUUUCGAUUGCUCUUCUGUAGUUUGGCGUUCGAAUCUUUUCUCUCUUUUUUUUCACUGAAUACUUUCUAUAUUGAAACAGCAUUUUUGAAUUAAAAAGGGUAAAUCUAAAACUUUUCAAUUUUCAAAAUGUUAGUGCACACAUCCUCCACUGUCCAUCCAUAUCAAAUUUCUCUGUGUUAUUCCUCCUUAAACCGGUAACGUUCCUUGUGAAGGAGAACCGAACGAAUCGAAAACGAACGGGAUGUUGAUACUCUUCCUCGAUAAUGUAAUAUAAGAUAGUGAAAUUUCAGAUAAUGACUUUCUUUGUGAUGGGUAACCCUCAGGAAUAACAGAAUUCAAAGUCAUGGAAAUGGAGUGGAUGCCAAGAGGUCAGACAGGAGAUAAGACGCAUUGCAUUGUCUGUGUUCUCGGUCUAUCGAUCCAUGCACGGCUUUCAAGAAGCAAAGGUUUGAGCGGAGGCUAUGUGCAGAUAUUAAUUAUGAUAUUUAUUCACUUUUUUACGAAAUACAAUUCCAAAAAUGCCUCUCGGAGAGCAAGGCGCAUUUCUACCACUUUACCAAAUGUGUGGAAAUUGCGAUACUCUUCCUAAUGUUGUGAAUCGAUCGGGCGGAUUGCGCAUUAACGAGGUAGAACUGAAAUAGCACGAUACAUUGAGUUAUAAACGGACUUUGUUUUGAAAAUUACUUUGUUUCUCAGAAACAACAUUUCUGUGUUAAGUGCUUUUUAUUUCGACAGUGUCGAUUUUUGCGUUCCCCCGGGAAUAAGCAUGCAUUUCUCCUACUGCAACGUAUGUGAGCGGUCGAUCGCAAGCACAGCACUAAGAAAAAAUCGGGAGUGAAGACGACAUUUAAGUUUAUGAUUCGUCGGUUGCACCUUGUCUUCAUCUUUUGACAAUCAUCGGAGGACAAUGUGUCUGUCUGACAUUUAUCAGAUAUAAAAUGAAAGUAAUUAUCAUUCUCUGGUGACUGGCCGCCCUAGAAUAUUGCACGGCAGAGCGGUUGAUUCAGCGGCUGUGAUUCAUGCAAGAGACGCCCCCGAAUCGGGGAGGAAACGUUGUCAGGUUUUUUCCUUGGUCAUUGAAUAAACAAUUUUGGAGUGUGACGUAGUCCGAUGUGGGUUUAUUGUUUACAUUGAAGACUAAGCCCCGAGGUGUCUGUCAUUAACAUCGUUUCGACAGUGCUUGGGUGUCAGAAGUUGGCGCGGUCUUGGAAUCUUGUCGGUUUUAUGAAGAAAACUAUUGAUCCCUGGAUCGGUUGUUUUCAGAGGCGUUAGAUCCGCGUAAUUACUCCAUUAUUUUCAGGGCGAGCCAUCACUGGUUGAGGAAAAUAUUGGAUCAAAAUCUUUCCAAAUAACGACGAAAUUAAGAAUAAUUUUGCGGCAUGGGGAAAGCACAAUCUUAUCGAUGCGUGUUCGUAUUGAUCUCGUCAAAAUUGAGUUAAACGCUUUCUGAAGGAACGUUAACGGCAAACAGAUGCGAAUGGACUUCAGUCACGGGAAUUUCAAGUGAGGAUUCAUCUGUGCAAAAUGUGAAUUUAUUUUUAGCCAUUCUAACUAUGUCUUCGUUGUCGCCUUUCACUAACACUGGACUAGGGUAUGGCAUGGGAAUCUAUCGACCGAGAAGACCCAGUUACACGUACGCCACCCAAACGUACCGCCAGAGAACCGAAAGUUACAGGUAUGCCCUCCGUAAAGGUACCGGGGACACCGAAAAUGCCGAUUUCAUUGAAGGAAUGACAAAUAAAAGGGGCCGAAAGGAGAGCUAUUUUCAAGCCAUCAGACGCGAUGACCCAAAUGUCGAAAUGGCACCUGUGGAAAUUAAGAUUGAGCCGCCAAGAUCCUCUGAGGACGAGCAGACGAUCACUAACAAUAGACACUCUAUGAACACAGCUCCAGAUGAACAUAUGAAGGAGUUAAAAAGGGCUAUUCUAAGACGAACGAAAAGUUUAGAAAGAGAGAGUCAUAACCCGGAUAACUACAUUACUCCCAAGAGUGUAUCCAACGAACAACUGGAUUUGCCUGCUGAAAAUCACUGUUUCAGUAGAGCCGAUGCCACGGGUACCCCCAACUCGGAGCUUAGUAGCAAUGUACCCUCCAUUAUCUUCUUUACAUUUAAGAAAAAUCUUGUGUUUCUGUGUAUUAGUUUCAUUCUCUUGUUUUCAGUAUUCAGAGCCAUUCAAAAUCUCCAGACUUCUAUAAAUGAUCAGAAGUAUCUUGGAAUUACUGCCAUGUCUUGUAUCCAUGGUGCGAUGUUCCUCACGUGUCUAUGGGCUCCAACUUUUAUAAAUCUCAUGUCCGCCAAAUGGGCGAUAGUUUGUGGGAUGUUCAGCUUCUUAACUUGGACCGGUGCCAAUUUCUACCCCAGAUUUUAUACUCUGAUCCCCACGGCCGUGUUUUCGGGGUGGGGACAAGGCAUUUUGUGGACAGCCGAAGCUUCCUAUAUCCUAAAGCUAGCCUUCGAUUCGUCACGCUUUACGAAAGAAGGGAUUGACACAGAAGUCGUUAGAUUCAACGGAUUUUUCCUCGCCGGUUUUCAGACAACACAUAUCUGGGGAAAUUUAAUCUCAUCCAUUGUGAUUUCCUCUACGACAACAGACGAUUUAAGUACCGAUGGCGAGCUUAGUGCCAAUUUGACUACCAGCAUCCAAGACUCCGGGGCCAUUAAUAAAUGCGGGGGUUUAUAUCCCUGUAGCCCUGUACCAGGGGGUAUCAUGAAGAUGUCAGACGAGCAGAAAUAUCCGCUGUUAUGGAAGCUAAUGGGAGCCUAUAUAAUCAUCGGCUUUGUGGGAUUCUGUCUCAUUUUUUUCUGUCUAGACCGCAUCGGAGCUCGAGUCUACCCCGAGAAAAGUGGACCUCAGAUUUAUCUCCAACAUUUGAAUUUGCUGGUUACUCAUAAGACCUUCCGUCUUCUCAUUCCCCUACUCAUCUUCAGCGGAUUGCAACAAGGUUUUGUGUACGCAGACUUCAAUAUGGCAUAUGUGACGUGUUCACUGAAUCUCCAGUUCGUUGGAUACACCAUGAUAGUGAUGGGCGUUACUAAUGUCUUCAUUGCGGUGCUGAUUGGUCUAGGCGCCAAUCACGUGCCGCGCGAGGCGGUGUUUGGCGUGGGAGGAAUUACUCACAUUGGAGUGAUGAUCGUGAUUCUCAUUUGGGUCCCGGAUGACAAUGUGAUGGUUCAUUUCAUUAUCGCUGCAGCCUUGGGGCUUUGUGAUGCUGUUUGGCAAACACAGUGCAAUACACUGAUUUGCAUCACGUGUCCUGAAGCAGUGGAUAUCGCAUUUGCAAAUUACAGGAUGUUACAAAGUUUAGGGCUUCUCAUCGCAUUCCUAAGUGAUAAAUUUAUGUGCGUCUACUCCAAACUUUAUUUCCUAAUCAUCAUGCUGGUAGUCUCCACGAUGUUUUAUGUGCUAGCGGAAUAUCGAGUGCGACAAAUCGACAACGUCGUUGAUGAAGUAUUUGAAGAGCAAACCAGUGUAAACAGGUCACGGGACAACUAAACGUCAGUUGAUGGCGGUUUAAGUGGUUCAAAAUUUUACGUUGUUUUAUUGAUCAUUUGUGCUUCCCUCUAUGUAGACUUCACGUUACUUUGUUAACAGUUUGAGAUCUGAUUUUGAUUUUUGUCUGAAGCUUGAUUUUGAAAUGUUUUUGUGUGGACGUGUUGUGUUAAUAUGUACAAUUUGGUGUAGUAUUAAAUGUGGGUGGUCAUGUAUGAUUGUAGCACAUAUAUAAUCAAAAUAUUAUCAUGUAUAAUGUA